AUGGCUGAUGCAACUGAGAUAGGUCUUGCAACGUUGGAGCGGAUCAUUGAGCGCAAGCGUGAAGCGUAUGAAAAACUCCAGCACAUUUUCACAUACUUCCGGAGCGCGAAGGAUAAGGAUAGCAUCUACUUUUCGCAUAAGAAGCUACAGGAACACAACAUACGUGUAUCGGCGAUGGACCUGGAACAUGGAGGAAAAUAUUUCAGACCCGUCUCAACAUCAGAAUUUAAGACAUGGGCCUACGACGAAGGGAAGAUCCGUGAACUUCAAUGGAGCCCUGAUAAUCUAGUAUAUCGUGAUGCUGAGCGUAUCUACCGCAGAUGCUGGGAACUUAUCAUUUCUGAGAUCCCAGAUUCACAAUCAGAUGAUCUGUGCUUAUUUCUUCAAUAUACCCCCUGGCGUAAGGUUAUAAUCCCCCGCACACGUAUGGGUGGAAAUUUUGCCAACCUCAAUCCCGAUGAGCUGACUGACUGGCUAAGCCACACGGCACUUGAUACCUAUGAAUCACGCCCUUCUGAGAGCCAUGUCAUCUCAUUUUCUUCGCAUGGCCUACGGCCUGACAAGAGUACGGAAUCAAAACUUGCUCGCAGUGAGAUACUGGUAGCCGUUGAUAUCAUAAUGCACCGGAUGAGAUGGCCACCGUCACUGGUCAACCACACAUGUCCUGUUCUUAUGAUCUCGUGCUUUAACAGACAGGUACGCAUGAAUGAAGUGUACUUUGAAGACGGGAACUUGCACUUUAAUUGUACUCCAUUCCUUGACAUGGAAGUAUUCGACAGAUCCCAGUGUGAGCUAUUAGUUCGUUGGUCAGUGAGCAAUCCAGUUGGGGAAACCACCGCAUACCCAAAUUUAAAGGCGCUUCCAGAAGGCUACGAGAAAUUCGGGGUUCUACGUAAAUCGAACAAACAGUCUAAGCGGAGUUCGAAACCGAAGCCUGUGCAGAAGAGGCUUGAAGAGCUCAAGAGAGGGUGA